GUUUGGACUUUCCCUCGCCUCCAGUCAAGGAGACAUCCGCGUGCACCCGCGCUCGGUUAUUUGGCGGCCCUCGCUGCUUCCAUGCUCUCUCUCAACACCACACACUGAUCCGGGAACAGCAACAGCAGCUCCUCUCUCUUCUGUCCCCGCUCAGCCCCGCUUAAACGUGGUGCGCCCCUGACGCGCUCUCUCCAGUUCAGGAUGGACUCGUCUCCUUCUCUUCACCUUUACCACUGACUGUGACGCUGCUGUAGUUUGGUGGGAGUUCCUGGGGAAGGGGCUGGAACUGGUCCUCUGUCUGCUGUUUCGCCUUUCCACUGGGCGUAUUGUGAUAUAACUACAAUUGUACACUUAUCUCCGGGCUCCGAAAUGGGAAUGUAUUUACGUGUGCUGUUUUUGCAGUACUAUUUCGUCUCGAGUUUCGUGUGCAACGCCGUCGCUUUCGUUGAGGAGCCCUCCGGAGGCAAGUCGGACGGGUACUGCGGGCGGAUCAUCCGGGCGCAGACCCACGGGACUCGGAGGGAUGGGCACCAUGAGUUCAGACUCAGAGUGGAGGGGGACCCGGAAACCUAUCAGCCGGGCAGCACCUACAGAGUGGUCCUCCUGGCAAUCAGCCCUGCUUAUUUCAGAGGUUUCACUCUUAUCGCACUGAAGGAGGGCAGAGAGGGCACCACAGACGAUGACUACACUGGCCAGUUCCAGAACAUUGAUAAGGAGGACACACAGUUCAUGACCAACUGUGCCCCUGCAGUGACGGAGAGCACACCUCGAAGACGCACCAGGAUACAGGUUUUCUGGACGGCGCCGCCUACUGGGUCUGGCUGUGUAAUACUAAAGGCCAGUAUUGUUCAGAAGAGAAUCAUUUAUUUCCAGGAUGAAGGCUCUCUCACUAUUCGACUGUGUGAGAAAGAGCGUGUGUUUGGUGAAGCCACAGAAGCUCCUGCUAUGGAGUGCUGCGCCUGCGGAACAGCCAAGUACAGAAUCACCUUCUAUGGUAACUGGUCAGAGAAAGUACAUCCCAAAGACUACCCAAGACGAGCGAACCACUGGUCGGCUCUGAUUGGUGCAUCUCACACCAGAAGUUACGUGCUAUGGGAAUACGGGGGCUAUGCCAGUGAGGGAGUCCGCCAGGUCGCUGAGUUCGGCUCCCCUAUCAAGAUGGAAGAAGAGAUUCGACAGAAGGGAGAUGAAGUACUGACUGUUAUUAAAACUAAGGCUCAGUGGCCGGCAUGGCAGCCGCUCAACCUGCGAGCAGCUCCAUCAGCAGAGUUUUCUGUGGACCGGACCCGUCAUCUGAUGUCCUUCCUCACUAUGCUUGGGCCCAGCCCAGACUGGAAUGUGGGGCUGUCAGGAGAGGACCUUUGCACCAAGGAGUGUGGCUGGGUCCAGAGGCUGGAGACAGACCUCAUUCCCUGGGAUGCAGGCACUGACAAUGGUGUCACAUAUGAGUCACCGAACAAGCCCACCAUUCCCCAAGAGAAGAUCCGACCCUUGACCAGUUUGGACCACCCGCAGAGCCCAUUCUAUGACCCAGAGGGAGGGGCAAUUACCCCUGUAGCCAAGCUGGUGAUGGAACGCAUCGCUAGAAAGGGAGAACAGUGUAAUAUGGUCCCAGACACCAUAGAUGACAUUGUAGCUGAUAUUGGACAGGAGGAGAAGGAAGAAGAUGACACACCAGAGACAUGUAUCUACUCAGGCUGGUCUCCCUGGUCAGCCUGUAGCAGCGCUACGUGUGAAAAAGGCCUCAGGAUGAGGCAGAGGAUGUUGAAGGCCCAGUUGGAUCUCGGCGUGCCGUGUCCCCACACUCAAGAUUUUCAGCCCUGCAUGGGACCGGGAUGCAGUAUGGAGGAGCCCUCAACGUGUAUGAUGUCGGAGUGGAUCAGCUGGUCUGCCUGCAGUGUGUCCUGUGGGAUGGGGAUGAGGUCUAGAGAGCGAUAUGUCAAACAGUAUCCUGAGGAUGGCUUGCUCUGCCAGCUCCAAACUGAGGAGAUAGAGAAGUGUGUUGUCAACGAUGAAUGCUCAUCAAGCACCUGUGUGGUGACUGAGUGGGCUGAGUGGGACCCAUGCAGCGUCACCUGUGGCUUGGGUAUGAGAAGACGUGAGCGCAUGGUUAAGAUGCCUCCUACAGACGGAUCAAUGUGUAAGACCGAGGUGGCCAAAGUGGAGAAAUGCAUGAUGCCAGAAUGCCAUACCACUCUCUGCAUGCUGUCUACCUGGUCUGAUUGGAGUGAGUGUAGUGUGACGUGUGGGCAGGGCGUGCAAACACGUCAGAGAAUGCUGAAGUCUGAUCCUGCAGGGUGCACUGAGGAGCUGAAGCAGACAGAGAAGUGCAUGCUGCCAGAGUGCCCCAUUGACUGCAUGGUCUCGGAGUGGUCCGAGUGGUCGCAGUGCAACAAGUCCUGUGGUAAAGGACACACCAUUCGAACCCGUAUGGUUAAACUGGAGCCGCAGUUUGGGGGCAGUGCUUGUCCCGAGACCAUCCAGAGGAAGAAAUGCAAGAUCAGGAAGUGCAGGACAAAAAUGAAGGAGGAGAGAGGAGGUGCAGGAGGAGGAAAGAGAAGUAGACGGGGUAAACAGGGAAGAGAUGCAGCGGCAGAGGAGCAGCCAGGUUGCAGGAUGCAGCCGUGGGCCAGCUGGACGGACUGUACCAAAAUAUGCGGAGGGGGGAUCCAGGAACGUUUAGUGAUGGUGAAGAAAAGAGCUAAAGGCACUCUGAUGGCCAGCUGUAAGGACCGGAAGGAGAUCCGUGCCUGUAACAUUCAUCCCUGCUAGGGGGUACUACUGAGUUAUAGUGGAAGGGAGGGAAGUAGCAGGUAAAACAUGAGUUGUGAAAAUAUGGGUUUAUUUGAUAAGAUGAUAAUGGGGAACUUUUUGUGUACAGGGAGGUAAGGUUAAGGGAGGGUGAGAUGAUGGGCUAGUCUGACCUUUUGGAAACACAAUAUGGGUUUUGGUAAGUAGAGGAGAAAAUAGGAAAAAAGGA